UGCGGAGCGGCCGACGUGUCUGCCCGAUCGCGUCGCAGCGUCACGUACACGCCACUGCAGCCAUGGCGGGGCGGCUGCCGCUUAAUUGCAAGCCAAGGGCAGAGCCACUCGUGUACAUGGGGGUAACUAGGAAAUCGGUGGCUUUGAUGGAAACGACCCUUGUCGAGGGCACGAACUUGAUUCGUUCUCUUCUCUUUCUUCUUCUUUCUCCUAUAUUCUCUUUUAUUCUCGCCUCCACCCGUGUGCGAUCAGCAACAGGAGAGCAGCAACUACGGAAAAGCAGUGGCAACGCUAACAGAGAGCAAACCACAAGUCCAUAACGCGUGCGGCAUCAACAUGGCAGCAAAUGGCGUCAUGGCGUCCGGAGGUUGUGGCAGCCUGGGCACGGCCCUGGGGUAAGCCUACACGUACAUCCCUAGAAGAACGCUUCGAGUUCAUCUAAUUUGAUGCAGGCCGGAUUUUCUUUACAACCCUAUCGUGCGUGGGAGUUUUUUUCUAUUUCAAUCUCAACCAUUAUAACUCGGUCCCAAGUGAAUAGAUGGCCAAACAUUAUAACUCGGUCCAAGUGAAUAGAUGGCUAAAUAUAGAUAAAUUGUAUAGACAUUACAUAUUUAAUUUUUUAAAUAGAACUAUGUACAGCGUUCCAGUCGGAUUGGAUCUCUUACGCGGUCAGGCUGAACCAUUCCCUGCAAAAUUACCCUCCUCUCCUGAGCGAGAAAUUACCGAACUGCAAAAUUACCCUCCCCUCCUUGAGCGAGAAAUUUGAGUGACGAUUCUGUGUGAAGGCAAUCUUUCAAGUGACAAACCUGCGAAGCCCACAUUUCGAGUGAAGAAAAUCCAAAUUACUCCCUCGCGAGCAUAGGCGACACCGGCGGCGACGCAGCGUCGACACUAGCCGCGGCAUGUCUCAGGGUGCUUCUUCCUCGCGGGGCCAAGCUUGGUGCCAAAUACGCAUGCAACUCCGCAAGACCAUGUGGCCGCUGGUGCAUUGCCCCUUCUUGCGGCGUUCGGGGAGAUGCUACCCUGCUCCUCCGCCACCUCCGACUUCGUGGUCAAGAAGAUGUGGUACGCAGGCGCCCGCGCACCCGGACCUCGCUCAACUCACCGUCAGUUUCAUUUAUCCGGCGCACGGUGUCGCCGAGAAGCAUAGGCGCUCGCAUGGUCAGCUCACUCACCCUCGCAGGCGGCUGCUGACUGUCGCACGCGGACGUCGUGCCCUGUGAGUGUAACGUGCUUGUGGAAAUGCCGCACCGGAUAGGACAACGCGUCUGCGUGCGGAGGACGCGGAUCGCUUGUUGGCGGCUGGCGCUCACCAAAGUUGACCCUCUGGUGCCAGAGUCUUGUUUUCUUGGAAAUCUCGGCGUGGGACCAUUCUUUGUUUUCCAAUCCAGUUGCUUCUGUGUGCGCCACCCGCUGAAGGUCAGCUGUUUCACAUGGCAUGUGGACUUAAGAGCUGUUCCAAAGACAUUCCAGUUCAGAAGUAAACUAGAGUGCAGCUGCAGGUUUAUGUUGCAAGCUUCAUCAUCCAGCCAAGCACUUGGCUGAGGAAGACACCAAAGUGGGAGGUGGAAGCGGAGCCAUGGCACUCUGGACUGGCCUUGGGCAGGUGGCUACCGUUGCGCAGCUGACCGGGGUGGAUGCUAGUGGGCUCAUCUCAAUGAUCCUUGAGGCGGUGCGGACGGUCAGCCGGAACAGGGAGGAAUGCAGGCACCUUGCACGCCGGGUGAUGAUGAUUGGUGACCUCCUGCAAAAGCUGCAGGGCUGGGAUAUGAUGCAGGAUCCAGAGAUCAGGAGGCCCCUUGACGGGCUGGAUGACACACUCCGGGAGGCGUAUAUGGUCAUCAGUUCAUGCCGGGAUUGCAGCGCAAUGUACCGCUUCUUAAUGGGCUGGAAGCAGGCUGAACAGUUCCGAGAGGUGCAACAGAAGAUUGAUAGUUAUCUCCAACUGUACCCUUUCAUCAGUCAUAUUGACAUUACAAGGCGUCUAGACAAACUUUGCAAUAGUGCAAAUGCAUCCUGCUCUCAGAUCCAGACUUCAUUAUUUCAGGCUGCAGGAGAGAUAUUGGGGCCAUCAACGACUCAUUCAAACCCUGAUUCAAGGACAGUAGGGGAUGGAAGUGGCUUGGAGCAUACUGAAUCACAAAGUAUUCAAGAAGCAGCUCGGCGUUAUCUAGGUGAGGAGCACCAACAAUCAGGUUACUGGGAACAUAAUGGCAUUCAGUCAAUCAGAAAGAAUAGAUUUACGUGGUGCUGUUGGUGGCUUCAGGACAUGACAAGACCACCUUAUAUUUCUAGGUUCAUAGAUCAAGGAAUAGGGUUUCCAGUAUUCCGCUUAUCUGAUCGGAAGGCUGCUACGAAUAACUUCUCAUCUGAAAACUUAAUAGGAUGUGGUGGUUUUGGUACUGUUUACAAGGGUCAAUUACGUGGAGGACUUAAGGUUGCAAUCAAAAGAUGUUUUAGUUCAGGUUCAAGUUCAGACCGAAAACAACUGUCACGACAAUUUGAAGCAGAAAUUAAGGUUCUUCUGAAGCUUCAGCACAUAAAUAUAGUUAAGCUCCUUGGAUAUUGCAUUGAACGAGGAGAGAGGAUUUUGGUUUAUGAAUACGUCCCAAAUGGUUGCCUGGGACAAUUCAUAUUUGGCACAGGAACAGGGAUACCGCCUGACUGGUCUUUGCGCUUCCGUAUAAUUAUUGGGAUGGCACAAGGCAUUGUUUAUCUACAUGAGUACUGUGGUGUUACCAUUCUACAUCGUGAUCUGAAACCUAGCAAUGUUCUCUUGGAUUCUCGUAUGAAUCCUAAGAUUAUUGAUUUUGGUAUAGCCAGAAUACUGGGCAGUACUACGAAUGAAGACGGGAUCAGGGGCACACUUGGUUACGUGGAUCCUGAAUAUAUCAUGCUGGGUAGAUGUUCAUGUAAGACCGAUGUGUAUAGCUUUGGUGUCAUUCUUCUCGAGAUCAUCACUGUAAUGAGGUGUAUUUCACCUUUUCCUGAAGGUCCUUCGCACGCUGGAUUAGUGGAUUAUGCCUGGGAAAUGUGGACAGCAGGGAGAUCACUGGAGCUCAUAGAUCCGUCACUGCAUGAUGAACCUCAGAUGGCUGAGAUACUGAGAUGUAUUCAGAUAGCACUGCUCUGUGUUGAACCGAGACCAGAAGACCGACCUACCAUGCCAGAUGCUAUUUUGAUGCUAAGCAGUGGCACUGUGAGCGUACCUUCCCCUAAACGAAGAGGUUAUGAAGAAGCACAGGUAGCACCUUCGUUUUCAACAGAGCAAACAGAUCUCCCUGGAUUUUGAUGCUCAUCAAAUUUGAGUGGCAAUCAAUCACUCGAUGCUGAUGUUGGUGGUAGUGAUGAUUUACAUGAACCAUUGUUGGAGAUGAAACAUUGAAACCUUGUGUGCUACUCUUACCAAUGAUCAUUUGUUGUCGGUGACAAUCACCAUCAACUUUUGUUUAUUCAUUUUAUGACACAAGAAGUAUUUUUAAUAGUGCCAUCAUUAUAAUUUGUAUUCGCAUUCCUGCA